AUGGCUGAUCCUUUCAUCGUUGACCAACCUAUCACCACACAAGAUGUCGUCUUCACUCGAGCAGAUGAGACGAUCCGGAGACUGGCCUGGCGCCUCAACGGCGAGGCCUGGGCUGCACCUCUGGACAUCGACACCUACCUGGACCGGGAGACACACCUCUCCUCACAGGCCCUGACCAAGGACGACCGCUGCCUAUACUGGAUCCUCGCACACAAAGACGACGGCACACACAUCGUCGCCUCCUGCGAGUCCAUCAAGAAGACCGUUUAUAUCGCCGGCAAGGGCACCGGCGUCAACGACGGCUUCGUAGAGACCACAGGCUAUGCCAUCGCCAGCGUCUACACCAACCCAAAGUACCGGCGUCUGGGCAUGGCCGCCUACAUGUUGCGCAAGCUGCAGGAGUACGUUGACGCCGAGAGCGAGUGCAGCGCCCUGUACAGCGACAUCGGCAGGAUCUACUACUCCAACCUGGGCUGGAGCGUCUUCCCCUCAGAGCAGGUGACCAUCUUCCUGCACCAGGACCAGUUCCCCCUGCCCGAGAAGCGGCGGGCGCGCUACCUCAGCCUCCAAGAGCUGCCCGCGCUGUGCGAGAAGGACGUCGCCGCCCUCAAGGCGCGGUUCCGGCGGUUCGCUGCGGACCACACCAGGACCCACGUCGCCUUCGCCCCCGACCACGCGCAGAUCUCCUGGCAGCUGGCGCGCGAGACCUUUGUCACCAAGUGGAUGUUUAACAGGGGAAUUGAGAACCGCGGGGCCAUCACGCACUGCGGCCGCAGCUGGGUCUACUGGGACCACGACUGGCGCGAGAAGAAGCUCAAGGUCCUGCGCUUCGUCUUCCUUGACGUCAGCCCCGAGACCGGUGAGCCUGUCACCGAAGAGCAUAAAGCCUGGGACGUGGUGGAGCUGCUGCAGGCCGCUGCUGCCGAGGCGGCCGCGUGGGGUCUGAAGCAGGUGCUCGUGUGGAACCCGGACGAGGUCACCACCAAGGGUGUCAAGGGCUUCCAUGACUUUCAUGAAAAGGAAGUGGAUGUCGUCUUUGAGGAGAGGCACAGCUCCAUCCCGAGUUUCAGGUGGAAGGAAGGGAAGAGCACUGCUGAUACCGUGUGGGAGGACAAUUAUUACUAUGCGUGGUCUUGAGAGAGGGUUUGCGCUGGUAUAUUCUGCAUUUUGAAUGAGGCGUAGGACACUUAACUUAUGAAAAAUCUACACGCGGGGACAGGGGAGAAGGAGGUGUUAUUUGGCGUUUUGCAUAUGCUGGCUUGUUUGCGAAGGCAACGUUGGACAUCAUGAAUGAAACAAGCAACUGUAAUUUAGCUUACUUGACUUGAGAUGAACCACAGAAAUUGGAUCCUAAUUGAGAUCACU